AUGGCGCUCGCAGAAAUAGCCAAAAUCGCGUCGAAGAGCGGAGAAUCGCUUGUUGUUGCACAAUUUGCUCCGCUGCGCCUUUUCCUUCUUUGGCCUUCUGGUUUCGUGCAUAGAGACGGUCGACCGAGCCCCAUUAUUGCUUCUAUCCUUGAACGGGAACCGAACACACACGGGAAUGCUCUCCUUCGCUACCAUUUGGAGUGCCUAGGACAAAUACAAACUGAUAGAUAUCAUGAAGAGCAGUAUUUAUGCCCUUAUUGCCACUUUUUUGAAGAUGGAUCUCUAUCUCUUGAUGGAGUCAGUCCUCUGAAAUUUGUAGGGAAGCGUCCUGACAUCAAGUUGUUGGUUGAGCUUUUAGCAGAUGCUAAAAGUUCCUGUACUAGGAUUGAAGAAACGUGUCUGUUAGAACAAAUUGUGGAACAAGCUGUCAGAUGUAGUGCACACUCGGCAGAAAUAGUGGGUUUUGCCUCUUCUUAUUUGGAUACAGAUCUUUGCACUGUUGCACAAAAACUAACAACUGCACUGAAGGUGUCUAUGAUCACAAAGCUGACUCUGAUCUUGCUCUGGCAUUGGCAAGAAACUCAUGGAGAAUUAGAGUUAGCAGACUAAUAGAUGGUUCACACAAGCCCACAAUACAACAA